AUGCCCCUCCAAAUCCUUGACGGAGAACCCCCGUCGCCCCCCGCCUGGGGCACCCUCCCACUGGACAUCUACCUCCUUUCAGAAUGGGAUACUCCGAAUUCAUCAUACCUCGCCAAGGCUUCGCAGCACCCUGUCCCUGAGUCCCCGUCUGACCGGCGUAGUCGGCUUAUUCGCCAAUUCCUUGCGCUGGGGAGUCCCUACCAGUCACAAACCGAAACUCCACCAACACCUACAAACAGCCAAAUAACCGAAAUCCUACGUCCCGCGCGUCCCGAGUCGCUGCGGCCCUACGCUGAGUACACGGGCUCCCUAGACGAAGGCCUUUAUCUCCGUCUGUGCUACGACGCAGACAAAGAAGAGGUGCAUAGGUUCCUAUGGUCCCAGAACUUGGACGUGGCUUUCGUAGGACCCGACGGCAUCAUUUUCGACGAUAAAGAGCUUUUUGGCGGCGGGGGAAUAAACCUGGCGAGAUUCUUGGAAACUUUUCCGGAGAGGGUCACAAAUGCAGGAUCAGUUGCACAUGCUAAGCAUCGUGAGACAGUUCUCAGGGAUACUCUAAUGAGGAUUCGAGAAGGUGGAGGGAAUACUGAAGCUGAAGAGGAGGACGGAUUCCCCGAAGAAGUCAAGGACCCGCUGCUUCAGUAUGGAGAAUAUCACGCUGCUUGUGUCGUGACGCAUCUGUUUAUUGAAGAUGAAGAGGCUCUUGAUGGUAACGGAUUGCUCCAUGUGUUCUUCGAUGACACUGGGAAUGUGGUUAGGCACUGGAGGACGGAUGAUGAAGGGGGGGACUAUGAUUUUGAUGGCACGUGGAAGGAGGGGAAUUGGAAGGAGGAUUUUGUGAGCGGGAGGGGAGAGCUCGGGGUUGUCUAUCGGGAGGGUGGUGUUAGGGGGCCGCCCUAUGAGCUUUAG